AUGCCGGCACUUACAUCAGAGAGCUCCAAGCGGAAAGCUUCGGAAGAUGCGGCUUCCCCGGAUUCCCAGAAACAGAUUAAAAAGGCGCGCACUGACUCUCCUGAAAGAGAGCCAAAGACCGAAGAUGAACCUCUUGGAAAGCCACCACUGAGGAUCGUUCCCUUCCCAGAAAAGCCCGCUGUCUUAGAAGAACGACGAGGUGAAAUCGAGUUCCGAGUGGUCAAUAAUGAUGGCUCACGGGAUAGUUUUGUCGUUCUCACCGGGUUGAAGUGCAUCUUUCAGAAGCAACUUCCAAAGAUGCCUAAGGAUUACAUCGCGCGACUUGUCUACGAUCGUUCGCAUUUGUCUAUCGCCAUUGUGAAGCACCCACUAGAGGUUGUAGGAGGAAUCACCUACCGGCCGUUCAAUAGCCGCAAAUUCGCGGAAAUCGUCUUCUGUGCCAUAUCUUCCGACCAGCAAGUCAAGGGUUACGGUGCGCAUUUGAUGUCUCAUUUGAAGGACUAUGUGAAAGCGACCUCGCCCAUUAUGCAUUUCCUGACUUAUGCGGACAACUAUGCGAUUGGUUAUUUCAAGAAGCAGGGAUUCACCAAGGAAAUCACGCUCGACAAGUCUAUAUGGAUGGGUUAUAUCAAGGAUUACGAGGGAGGAACCAUCAUGCAAUGUACCAUGCUCCCCAAGAUCCGAUAUUUGGAAGCAGGUCGCAUGCUUCUGAAGCAGAAGGAAGCGGUGCAAGCGAAAAUCAGGGCUUUCAGCCGUUCGCAUAUUAUCCACCCUCCGCCCAGGGAAUGGAAGAACGGAGCUUGCAAGAUCGAUCCUCUGAGUAUCCCUGCCAUUAAGGAAUCCGGAUGGUCACCGGAUAUGGACGAAUUGGCGCGGCAACCGCGCCAUGGGCCGAACUACAAUCAGCUUUUGCACUUGCUCAACGACAUGCAGAACCACAGUGCUGCGUGGCCGUUCACUCAGCCUGUCAACCGCGAUGAAGUUCCUGAUUAUUACGAAGUCAUCAAAGAGCCAAUGGACUUAUCGACGAUGGAAGAGAAGCAUGAGAAGGACAUGUACCCGACCCCCCAAGAUUUUAUCAAAGAUGCCAUGUUGAUCUUUGACAAUUGCCGGAAAUACAACAAUGAGAAUACACCAUAUGCGAAGAGCGCGAAUAAAUUGGAGAAGUUUAUGUGGCAGCAGAUUCGCAACAUCCCGGAGUGGUCGCAUCUGGCCGAUGGGCACUGA